AUGUUAGCCACCGAAGUAGCCGCCACCGACGACGACAACAGCCAUUGCCUCCAUGUCUCGAAGCAGCCGUUGACCCCUCGCGCCGCCUACCUCUCUGCUGCGCCAGAGCAGAGCACCGGCAGCAGUACUAGUCACAGCAGUGACGGCAGCUUCCACUCGGAUCGCCUCGCGACCGACGAACCGUCCGACGUAACGUUCGACGCGCCGCUCUCGUCCCCACUCGUCCCCCAUGACGAGCUCCCACUGCAGCUCCGUAGCAGCAGUCGCUCGUUCGACGCCCCACUAGACCUUCCGCUGCUCCACCCAACAAGAGACAGCACCUCCUUUCGCGACAGCCUCAUGCCGCGCAAUGGCUUUGGCGAGUCCAACAACAACAAUAGCGCCGGCGGACGGCCGACCGAACUCGGCAACGCGCUCAUGCGCCUCGACGACCACUACCGUCGCGCUCACCUCACGAGCGCGCGGCUGUCGGCCUCUACCUCCACCACCUCAAAAACCGCUUCGCACGGCCUCCCGCCGCUGCUCGAGGCCGCUAAAGCCGGCGACAUUGUCCUCGUGAACGCCCUCGUGAUCCAGGCGGGCACGGACCUCCUCCGGCGCGACCCCGUGUUCGGCCAGACGGCGCUGCACUUUGCCAUCCGCGGCGGCCACCUGAACGUCGUGCAGGCGCUGCUCAUGCCGCAGCUGCGCGACUCGAUCGUCAACAUCGCCGACACGCGGCGCAACACGGCGCUGCACUUGGCGGCCGCGAAAUCGCGUCGCAUGACGCGCGUGCUGCUCGCGGCGGGGGCCGACGUCCACGGACUGAACCUGCGGAACCAGACGGCGCUGGGCGUGCACCUCUUGACCGCCACGCGGGACGACCCGACGAUGACAGAGCUACUGCUGCAGCACAAGGCGAGCGCCAAUGCGCCGGUCGACCAGUCGACGAUGCUGCACGUUGCGCUGGACAAGGGACUGCUCGAGAUCGCGCUGCGGCUCGUGCGCUACGGCGCGCGCUUGGACCAGAAGGACGAGGCCGGCAAGACCGUGUUCGACAAAGUGGGCGUGGCGCAGCUCCGGACGCUCGUGGCGCAAGUUGCCCAUGCGCCCACGUGGGUCGCGGACAAGGACCGUCUCGAGUGCAUGGCCUGUCGCAAGACGUUUGGCGCGCUGGCCACGCGGCGCCACCACUGCCGCCUGUGCGGCCGCGUGCUGUGCGCGGGCUGCUCGUCGGCUCACGUGCGCGUGGAGCAGCUGCCGUUCGCGGUAAACAGCGGCCGACGUGGGACGAAAAAGGGCAAAGCGGCAAAGGCGUCGACGCGUGCGCGGACGUGUUUCAUGUGCUAUGACAUUUGCAUGGACCGAGCAGUGGUGCCGUCGGUGGACGAAGGCAGAGGCGGACCUGAAGCAGAGCGAGAACGGGCCGAGUUGACCAAACGCGCGUGA